GGGGACAGACCAACCUCCGAAUUCCUCAGGGCACUGUGGGCCAAGUCAUGCUGGAUGAUAGGGCUUACCUUGUACGCUGGGAAUAUUCUUACAGCAGCUGGACUCUCUUCACCUGUGAGAUUGAAAUGCUACUCCACGUUGUCUCCACAGCAGAUGUGAUCCAGCACUGCCAGCGGGUGAAGCCCAUCAUUGAUUUGGUUCACAAGGUCAUUAGUACAGACUUGUCCAUAGCAGACUGUCUGCUGCCCAUCACAUCCCGAAUCUACAUGCUGCUGCAGCGGUUGACGACAGUGAUCUCCCCUCCUGUGAAUGUCAUUGCUUCUUGUGUCAACUGCUUAACUGUCUUGGCUGCUCGGAAUCCAGCAAAGGUCUGGACUGACCUUCGUCACACAGGCUUUUUGCCAUUUGUGGCCCACCCUGUCUCCAACAUGUCUCAGAUGAUUAGUGCGGAAGGAAUGAAUGCUGGAGGGUAUGGCAACCUUCUGAUGAACAGUGAACAGCCCCAGGGCGAGUAUGGAGUCACAGUUGCCUUUCUGCGCUUGGUCACCACUCUUGUCAAGGGUCAGCUUGGCAGUACCCAGAGCCAAGGCCUGGUACCCUGUGUGAUGUUCGUGUUGAAGGAGAUGCUUCCCAGCUACCACAAAUGGCGCUACAACUCUCAUGGCGUGCGGGAACUGAUUGGUUGCCUAAUUCUGGAGCUGAUUCAUGCAAUACUGAACCUGUGCCAAGAGACAGACCUGCAUAGCAGCCACACGCCCAGCCUUCCUUCCCUCUGCAUCUGCAGCCUGGCAUAUACAGAAGCUGGACAAACAGUCAUCAGUAUCAUGGGGAUUGGUGUGGACACCAUUGACAUGGUGAUGGCUGCUCAACCCCGCAGUGAUGGGCCAGAAGGUCAGGGACAGGGGCAACUGCUGAUCAAGACAGUGAAACUGGCAUUCUCUGUCACCAAUAAUGUUAUUCGGCUGAAACCUCCUUCUAAUGUGGUGUCCCCGCUAGAACAGGCUCUCACACAGCAUGGUGCCCAUGGGAACAACCUCAUUGCUGUCCUAGCCAAGUACAUCUACCACAGACAUGACCCAGCUUUGCCACGUCUGGCCAUCCAGCUGCUGAAACGUCUGGCCACGGUGGCCCCAAUGUCAGUGUAUGCUUGCCUGGGCAGUGAUGCAGCUGCCAUUCGUGAUGCCUUCCUGACCCGCCUUCAGAGCAAGAUUGAGGACAUGCGCAUCAAAGUCAUGAUUCUGGAGUUCCUUACAGUUGCUGUAGAGACGCAGCCAGGUCUCAUCGAGCUGUUUCUGAAUCUGGAGGUGAAGGAUGGCAGCGACGGCUCGAAGGAAUUCAGCCUUGGUGUGUGGAGUUGUCUCCAUGUAGUGCUGGAGCUGAUUGAUUCCCAACAGCAAGAUCGAUACUGGUGCCCACCCCUCUUGCAUCGUGCAGCCAUUGCCUUCCUUCAUGCCCUGUGGCAAGACCGUAGGGACAGUGCUAUGCUUGUCCUUAGAACCAAACCCAAGUUUUGGGAGAAUUUAACCAGUCCGCUGUUUGGAACUCUUUCUCCUCCCUCAGAGACAUCUGAGCCCAGCAUUCUGGAAACCUGUGCCCUAAUCAUGAAGAUAAUAUGUUUGGAGAUAUACUAUGUAGUUAAGGGUUCAUUAGACCAGUCACUAAAAGAUACACUCAAGAAGUUUUCCAGCGAGAAACGGUUUGCCUACUGGUCAGGGUAUGUCAAGUCUUUGGCAGUUUACAUGGCUGAAACAGAGGGCAGCAGCUGCACGUCCUUGCUGGAGUAUCAGAUGCUGGUCUCUGCCUGGAGGAUGCUUCUCAUCAUUGCCACCAGUCAUGCAGACAUCAUGCACUUGACUGAUGUGGCUGUGCGGCGCCAGCUUUUUCUUGAUGUGCUUGAUGGGACCAAAGCAUUACUCCUUGUUUCAACAUCAGUGAACUGCCUCCGACUCGGCUCCAUGAUGUGUACUCUGCUGCUCAUCCUCCUUCGGCAGUGGAAGCGAGAGUUGGGUGCCGUGGAUAAAAUCCUUGGGCCCUUGACAGAGGUCCUGGAAGGUGUGCUACAGGCAGACCAGCAGCUCAUGGAGAAGACCAAGGCCAAGGUGUUCUCUGCCUUUAUUACGGUAUUACAGAUGAAGGAGAUGAGAGUAAGUGAGAUCCCCCAGUACUCCCAGCUGGUGCUGAAUGUCUGUGAGACUCUCCAAGAAGAGGUGAUAGCACUGUUUGAUCAGACCCGCCACAGCCUGGCAUCAGGCAGUGCUGCAGAGGACAAGGACAGCAUGGAAACUGAUGACUGCCCUCGGCCUCGGCACAAGGACCAGCGUGAUGGGGUAUGUGUCCUGGGACUGCAUCUAGCUAAGGAGCUUUGUGAGGUGGAUGAGGAUGGAGACUCGUGGCUACAGGUGACUCGAAGGCUCCCUAUUCUGCCCACGCUCCUCACCACCCUGGAAGUGAGCCUCCGCAUGAAGCAGAACCUGCAUUUUACUGAGGCUGCACUGCACCUGCUCCUCACCCUGGCUCGCACCCAGCAGGGAGCCACAGCAGUGGCUGGAGCUGGCAUCACCCAGAGCAUCUGUUUGCCCCUCCUGAGUGUGUACCAGCUUAGCAGCAAUGGCACAGGACAGGCACCCAGCACUUCUCGAAAGUCCCUGGAUGCUCCGUCCUGGCCAGGGGUCUACCGCCUGUCCAUGUCCUUGAUGGAGCGGUUGCUCAAGACUCUACGCUACAAUUUCCUGACUGAGGCUCUAGACUUUGUGGGUGUCCAUCAGGAACGGACCUUACAGUGUCUUAAUGCAGUGAGGACGGUACAGAGUCUGGCGUGCCUGGAGGAAGCAGAUCACACUGUGGGCUUCAUCCUACAACUGUCCCACUUCAGGAAGGAGUGGCACUUCCACCUGCCUCAGCUUAUGCGUGAUGUUCAGGUGAACCUGGGUUACCUGUGCCAGGCCUGUACCUCCCUCCUACACAGCCGCAAGAUGCUGCAGCACUACCUACAGAACAAAAAUGGAGAUGGCCUCCCCUCAGCCGUCACUCCUCGAGUUCAUCGGCCAGCCACUACCACCACCACCACCACCACCACCACCACCACAGUUCUUGCUGUCCCAUCUGCCUGCUCCUCCAAGCAACCUGUUGCUGACACUGAGGCCUCAGAGCAGCGAGCCUUACACACAGUCCAGUAUGGCCUUCUCAAGAUUCUCAGCAGGACCCUGGCAGCCCUGCGCCACUUUACUCCAGAUGUCUGCCAGAUCCUGCUGGACCAGUCCUUGGAUCUCGCUGAAUACAACUUCCUGUUUGCCCUAAGUUUCACCACUCCCACUUUUGACUCUGAAGUAGCCCCCUCUUUUGGAACCCUGUUGGCCACAGUGAACGUGGCCCUCAACAUGCUUGGAGAGCUGGACAAGAAAAAAGAAUCCCUUACCCAGGCUGUGGGACUCAGCACACAAGCAGAAGGAACCCGAACAUUAAAGUCCCUCUUGAUGUUCACCAUGGAGAACUGCUUCUACCUGCUCAUCUCCCAGGCAGUCCGCUACCUCAGGGAUCCGGCUGUGCACCCCCGGGACAAGCAGCGGAUGAAGCAGGAACUGAGUUCAGAGCUGAGCACGCUGCUUUCCAGCCUCUCACGUUACUUCAGAAGAGGAACCCCUAGCUCCCCUGCUGCUGGAGUCCUGCCCUCACCGCAAGGCAAGGCCACCUCUCUCUCCAAAGCCAGCCCAGAAUCUCAGGAGCCCCUGAUCCAACUUGUGCACGCCUUUGUUCGGCAUGUGCAGAGAUAGGGAGUGGAGUGCUGUCUACCUGCUGCUCCCUACCAACCUGCACUGCAGCCUGGGCAGAGGGUGCUGCCCCCACAGAGCCAGCCACAGAGCAAGCAGCUCCCUUCGUCCUCUUCCUGCCCACCCGCUGACAUUAUUUUUGUAAUAGAUCAAGAGGUCAACAGCAUGGGCAGGGAGCCACGGGUCUGGUGCUCAGGCUCUUUACAAUAUCCCCAAGGUGGCCCUUUUCCUUAGAGCAUUCCCAUGGCAUGUCACCAGCCAGGGAGGCCCUGGGUGCUGGCAGCACAGGAGAAGCCUGUGUGUAGUGAGGAUUUUCCAUGAUCUGUUCUUGCAGGGUUUUGAUUUUUUUUUUUCUUUUUUGUUUAUUUGUUUGUUUUCCUUUUUUUUUUUUUUUUUUUUUUUU